AUUGAAUAAUUCACUCAUUUGUGGGGCCACCGUAAACAUGCCCACAGCGGGGCGUGGCAGUCGCCAGUCGGUCACUAUCCGGCGUCGAGAGCGGUCGUGCCGCGUUUCACCCCGUGCGUACUCAAAGCCGUCAAGAUUUUCGACCGGCAAUACCACUCACCCUCCAAGGUGUUAAAGUUGGAGGACGACCCUUGGGGGUCAUGUGCCAUGUACUCCCCGGACAAGAUGAAGUCGGGCGGGGGGCUCAUGGGGCCCCCCGGCUGCUUCCCGGGCCGGUACAGCCCGACGUACCGAAGCCCGGAUCCGAGGCGCUGCGUGCCCAACCCUUCUAGCCGGAUACUGGAAGAUGCGUCACUGAUGUGUAACUCCUGGUCUCCGAGACACAAUGGUGACCUGUUUGGCGGUCUAAACGACGGGCUCCUAAGCCGCGCAGAGGCCCUCGCGGCGGUAGACAUCAGCAAACACCAGAGCGGACCUCAGCCCGGACCCCUGCCGCAGCUCAAACAUGACAUGGUGUACCACCAUGGGGUCGGCGGACCACCGCCGCAUAACGCUAGACCACAUCAGCAUUUCUUCUCACAGAUGGGCCACCACGGCAUGGAGAGUCUCGACAUGCUGGACCCGCUCAGCUCCUCAUCCAUGACCACCCUGGCCCCCAUGGGGGAGGUCGCGCCCCCUCACCACCAGCUGCACGGCUACGGGAUGAACCAUGUCAUGAACCAUCACCACCACGCAGGGUCCUUAGGGCACGCACCGCCAGCUCAUCUAGCUCACCCGUCAGCCGCUCUUCAUCCUGAUACAGACACAGAUCCAAGAGAGCUUGAAGCUUUUGCAGAGAGAUUCAAACAGAGAAGGAUUAAAUUGGGAGUAACUCAAGCAGACGUCGGGAAAGCACUGGCGAACCUGAAACUACCUGGUGUUGGAGCGCUCUCCCAAAGUACUAUCUGCCGCUUUGAAAGCCUUACUCUAAGUCAUAACAACAUGAUCGCUCUAAAACCGAUCUUACAAGCUUGGUUGGAAGAAGCAGAGGCCCAGGCGAAGAACAAAAGACGGGACCCCGAUGCGCCCAGCGUCCUACCUGCUGGCGAGAAGAAACGCAAACGCACAUCCAUAGCGGCACCAGAGAAAAGAAGCCUCGAAGCGUAUUUCGCUGUCCAACCACGCCCUUCCGGAGAGAAAAUAGCAGCGAUCGCGGAGAAACUUGACUUGAAGAAGAACGUGGUAAGGGUGUGGUUUUGCAAUCAGCGGCAGAAACAGAAGCGGAUGAAGUUCGCCGCGCAGCACUGACCGGGGGGAGGCGGCGCGGCGCUGCUCUACCCGGGUACCGGGUACGGGUACUAGCCGCCCGCGACACCUUACCCGGUCUCCCCCUGGGGUCGACCACUCGUAAGCAAUAAUCGUUUCGAUCUCAUUCCUUUGACACAUCUCAAUUCGUAGCGUAGCUCCUUUUGUAUUCUCAUAUUAUAUUUUUCGAGACACAGGGUAUAUAUUCGAUUAUAUACAUAUCAUUACAGUAACUAGAGGUCGCUUAACCGUAUCAUUUCUGCCGUUUUGAUGUUUUACCAACAUCUUGUACAUGAAAAAUUGAAAUUCAGGAUUUUAAAGAGAAUGUGCCUUGCAAAUAUCAAUAUUCUGUGUUUAAUGUUAAAGUAACUUGAACGCCGUGUGGCGUCGGCAGUAGCGCCGGCCACAGGCGGUAGCGGGGCGGGAGCGAUCCGCUCUUCGCUCGAGCCGUGUGUGGAUUGGACAAGUAAAAUGUGAGAAGAAGCCUUAUUAGAUGCGAUCAAAAGCACGAAUAAAAUUUAACAAAAUCGCAACAUGGUACCUAAGACAAAGUUUGUGUUUUAUUAACUAUUAGUAACACGAAGGAAAAGUUAAUGUUUUUAUUAGUAUAAAGUCUUCAUAUUACUUGUCUAAUUCGAUCAAUUCGUUAGUUCUGUUCUGAUACUAUAAUACUGUACAAAGUUUAAAUUAAGGGUAUACUUUCAAUUUUAGUUGUAGAUAGUAUCCAGUAGUUCAUGGUUUAACGAUCAUUUAAUAUUAAAAGCAUUUCACGAAAGGCACAAUUAAAUUAGCUUAAGAAGUUACUAGUGACAUUUAGCCAAAAUAGUUUUAAAAUUUCAUUUGUAAAUAACACAUUUCGAUCUAAUAGGCAUUUAGAAUAGUUAUAUAAUUCAAGUGAAUUAGUACAAUGCAGGAUUCGUGCUGUUCAUUUCAAGCAUGCCAAAAAUAAGUGUAUGAUAGUUUUGAGGCCAAAUCUCCAGACAUUUGAUGGAAGUUUUCUUUCUUAACAAAUUGUUAAGGCAGUAAUAACCUCUAGUCGCCUAAGAAUCAAAACAUGCCAAAACAAAUGCAAAUUUUGAUACGGCAAAAUACAAAUAUUAAUUGUAAGGAAGCCCUUUUUAUAGGCCUUUUUAAAAUCACACAUUUCAUCACACAAACAAAUGCCAUUACCGAACAGAACCCUAUGGAGGAACCUGGUCUUCAGAAGGAUAUGAUGUCACGAUCCUCAGUAUUGAGGGACUGACUGAAGAAGAAGACCGGGAUUCGAACCCAGAACCAUCAGCUUCGCAGACAGGGUCACUACCCACUUGGCUAGACAAAACGACAUUCUCAAAGAGUGACAAUUCGAAUGUAAGGAAUGUAAUAAUUGUAAGGAAGCCCUUUUUAUAGGCCUCUGGGUGGCUAAAUAUAAAAAUGUAAUGCAGUUAAUAUUAAAUUUUAUAUCAAUUGAAACUUGUGUUUUGGUCCUUUAAAUUUAACAGCUUAUGAGUGACUUUUGCUUGUCACCCGACGACAUGUUAUCCAGAAAAUGUUAUCUUAUGGUUUGGCGUUUGUCGUUUUGGCUAGGCAACUGUUAUUAGAGCGGUAAUAUGAAUUCAUUGUACAGUGAGAUGCGACAUAGCAUGGAGAAAUUUAUGAAUAAAUUCAAUGAUAAAGUCGCCAUGCACUUUUGCGGCUGAUGGUCCAUUUGUCCAAAAACUAUUUGGCACGAAAUAGCUCAAGCUUUUUCCAGUUCUGUGGCCAUGAGUAAGCCCAUUCAGAUUUAAAAAAAAGUUGUUUUAUAUUUUGAUGACGCGCAAAAUAAACAAAAAAGCUUUUAUUAGAAAUAAAUAUUGGAAAUCAAAAUAUAGGAAUUAUUAAGGAAGAAAAUUUCCAUCAAUUAUCUUUAAAGAUUAUAAGCAUGAAUCCAGUUCG